AUGGCUACGACACAGCUAGAAGAUGGCUCGCCGCAGCCCGAGGCCAUUGAAACACCUCCGGAGCCCCCAAAGCUAUACAAAUCGGCCGAACGUCUGGGUAUGAAAUUCGACCAGCGACUCCUCCUGGGCAAUUUCUCCUCGUUCCUGUGCGGCUUCACCCUCGGGGCGUCGCACGCGGGACACAUGGCGGGGAUGCGGUUCCGCGCCGAGAACGCACACCGUCUGCCGGAAACGAGGCCCGGGUGGUAUCUGUACCACAAGUCGAAAAACUACUACAAGAUCAAGGAAGCUGUACCCGUGGGGAUACGCAAGGGCUUCUUCGUUGCGGCGUGGACGAGUAUGUUUCUCAUUAUCGAAGAGAGCCUGGAUAUUUUCAGGGGUACGUGGCAGGCCGGGCGGACGCUGAAUGAGAUGGAAGGGGUGGAUGAGUUGGAUAUCAAGACAAUGGAGAAGUGUAUACAGAGGAAUCGGGAUUUCAAGAGCUCAGCCAUUGCGGGCAUGGUUACCGGGGGUGUUUGGAGUGCGUGGAAUACGUUUCCCAUGGUUACGGCUGCGAGGACGAUUCGCAUGGGGCUGUUUGUGGGACUGGCGUAUGGGUUGGGGCAGGAUGCGAUGAUGUGGGCGAGGAACAAGUGGGGGGUCGAUGAGGUGCCGGAGAGUUGGAUUUAUAAGGGUGCGAAGAACAGGAUGAAGGCGGCACAAGAGGAGGGUGAAGUGGAGCAGAAGUGA